GACCGCUUACCGUUCAAGAUAGUGGCGGCGCUCGCCAACGAUUGGGACUGUGUCCGCUGAAGUGCGCGGUGACUGCGUGUAUAAACAGCUCUGCGGCUGCAGUGUUCGUAUCCGACAGUUGUGAUAAUAAUAUAAUAUUGUUAUAAACUGUAUACUGUCCGCGUAACACUCGUAAUAAUAAUAAUAAUAAUAAUAAUAUCAUAAUAACAUCAUUGAUGUACCAUCUUAACCGUGCCCUGCCUGUACCGCGCGAUACACGCAUUACACGUCAUUUUGUCUCCUAAACGCGCAAAGGACGACGUCAUUGUUUUGUCCAUCACAAACUCACCACCGUCGGUGACACACUCGUUUUUAUCUUAAUUAUUGUUAUACGACGAUGCCGGCAGGAAUAAAUAACAGUACAAGACGAAAAUAAACAAAAACCAUAUAGAUAUCAACAGGUGUAUCAACACGUCGUUCUGUGUCAAAAACCAGCUUGUCGUCAACGCCGCAGCUUUCAACGAAAAAUAAUAAAUUAUACCCGGCCAAACGCUGCUCACGUGUGUACACGGACCGAUAUAAUCAUAAACGCACUGCUGCAGGACUUGGAUUUUACAGGACUCAUCGCGGGGCCCGAUUAGCCAGGAACCGCGUCCGUGAUGUGCUCGAGCUUCGCGGCGGCGGCCGAGUCGCAGCAGCAGUAGGGUCCGACGGUAGAAAGGGGAGGGGCGCGAGCUCUACGGCGAUAAGAGACGACCGCGGGGGGGCACUCGGCGGCGCGGCGAUGACGCGGCCACGUCGGCGGUCAAAGGUCGAGGCGAUAACGACAGCUGCGGUGCACCCGACAGCAGUGGCAGAACCGAACCGAAAGCCAUCGCGGGACCUCGAACGCGAUACGACUGUGUGACGACGUUGGGCGCGGGGCUCGAACACGAAACGGUUCACGUAGCCAAAGCUUAACGUGACCCAUCGACGACGACGACGACGACAACAACAACAACAACAAUAACAACGAUAACAAAAACGACAGAAAUUAUAGUUGCAACAUCUGUGAAAAAAAAUUUAAGCAUAAAACAAUUGUAUAAACACGGGCGGGUGGCGGGAGGGCGCGGCGUAGGGCACUCCGCCGCUGCCGGUUUGUCAGCGACGCGCAGCAGCAGAUCCGAUGCGUCCGGCGCCAACACCGCCGCCGUUCGUCAAAGCCGUCUGCAGCAGCUUUACCGCCGCGUCGUGUUCUCGUCACGCCAGCCGCAGCCGCAGCCGCCGACGCCGACGUACCCGUAACGACAACGAACUGCCGCCAUGAAACUCCGUGACCGAGUGGUGGUCGGCUUCUGCCUGUCACUGGUUCUGGUCACCGUGCUGUUCGUGGUCGACCUGCAGAACGAGAACGCCCGCCGGCAGGCCGUGGCCGACGGCGACGCUACGUCACACUUCCACGGCCGGUCCGACCGGUCCCGGGACGCAAUCGACGCUCAAUCCGCCUGGAACGCGGCCGCGUCGUUCAUCGUGUCCACGCUGAUGCCGUCAAACCAGCCUCCAACCCGUCCCGGCGCGCCUCAACCUUAUCCCCUCGCCGCGGACGGACGUCAAAAGCCCGCGGUUCCCGACCUGUACGCCACAGACAGGUUCGCCGAUCUCACCGAGCGCCUGUCCCGAUCCUCCGAAUCGCAGCGGCACCGCGGCAACGUGCCCGACUGGACAGCGGUCCGGGACGUGAUCGUCGACGACACGGACGACGACGGGACCACCAGCAACGAGUACAUCGUCGAGUACUUGGAAGACGGUUUGAGGCCAAACUCGACGGCAUUAACCAUAUUCCACUCAAGAAUAUCAAAAAGAGAAAUGUAUCCUAAGAACGACACGUAUGUGCCAUUAAUUUUAAAAAACAUGGCCACUGCACGUAUCUUAAGCGUAGCUCAAAAAGAAGGAGGCACACAACUCAAGCUUGUUAUAGAGUAUACAAAUGGAGACAAAGCUCUUAUGAAACCGAUGAGGUUCUCCAGAGAACAACAGACUCUGCCGAAUCAUUUUUACUUCACCGACUACGAAAGGCACAACGCCGAAAUUGCUGCGUUUCAUCUCGACAGGAUAUUGGGGUUUCGGAGAGCAAUGCCUGUCAGCGGUAGAUUGGUGAACAUCACGUCUGAACUCAUGGCCCAGGUGACCGCGUCUGAUUUGUUGAAAACAUUCUUCGUGUCGCCCGACAAAAAUGUGUGCUUUCACGGACAGUGUUCCUAUUACUGUGACACGUCGCAUGCUAUUUGUGGAAAUCCGGACACGUUGGAGGGCUCGUUCGCCGCGUACCUACCAUCCCAAGAUUUUUUGGAGAGAAAGACUUGGAGGCAUCCGUGGAGACGCAGCUACCAUAAGCGGAGGAAAGCGAAAUGGGAAACAGAUCCAAAUUACUGUGAAAUGAUCAGAAACUUACCGCCGUACAAUAGUGGUCGCCGGAUGUUGGACAUUAUGGACUUGUCCGUGUUUGACUUUCUCAUGGGCAACAUGGACCGUCAUCAUUACGAAACAUUCACCUUGUUCGGCAACGACUCAUUUCCUAUUCACCUCGACCACGGUCGGGCGUUUGGCAAGGCGUUCCACGAUGAGAUGAGUAUAUUAGCUCCAAUCAUCCAGUGUUGUCAUAUACGAAAAUCUACGCUGGAGACUUUGUUAAGGUUUCACAACGUCAAAAAGCUCAGCGAACACAUGAGGGAAUCCAUGGAUGAAGAUAAGCUGGCACCCGUGCUAUGGGAACCGCAUUUGACUGCCGUUGAUCGGCGAGUGGGAAUCAUCUUGCAGAAAGUCCGGCAAUGUCUGUCGGUGAGCACGAUGAGCGGCGAGGACGUGGCUGAGGAAUCGCAUGUCCGGCCCUCCACAAAUGCCACGUUCGACGUCGACAUGGGCGAUAUGGGACAGGAAGUCAAAUACACGGCCAGGUCUAGGGAACAAACGCAAGGUGGAAACUGAUGAGUGUUGUUUUUCUCGGUUCCGAACUGGCUCCGUUUGUGUCUGUUACUGGACGGAUCAGGCCGAAGUGCGUUCAAUUCGAAUACAAUAUUAUAUUUUGGAUCGCAUUUGUCCGGUUCACUUGCCAUCUCCAAGGUCUGUCCAAAUUGGAUGCCAUGGCUCAAUCGGCAUCAUAUAAAUACUUUAGCUUAUCAAAUAAAAAUUUUAAAUUUUGGAAGUCAAUAUUUUGUAGAUUUGAUUUCUUUAUAAAUGAAAAAAAUGAAUCAAAAUUGAUAUUUUUUAAAAGUUUGUAUCAUGUCAUAAGUUCACUUAUUUUUCUACCAACUAUUAGGAUAAUUUUUUUAAAGAUUUAUGUACAAUAUUAUAUAUGAAACAUCAUAACUAUAUCUAAUAGUUACUAAAUUUAGUGGGAAAUGAAAUAUUUAUUAUUUUUCUUUUUAAUUAAAAGGUAAAAUAAAUACAAUUACGAUAGCCAAGUAAAAAUGUAGUAAUUAUGUACAUAGUAAUAAAUAUCACUAUAAAUGUAAAUAAAUCUGACGCUAAUGACAAAGCUGCCGAAGUGAUGAAUGAUGAUCAAUAAAAAAAUAAAAAAUAAAUAAUAUAUUAUAAUACAGCCAUCAUUUUUUAGAGAUGGCAUGCAAUUCGGACGCAUCAUUUUUUUUGGCAUGCAAUUCGGAAGAAUCGAUCAAUUGACUUGAUUUUUUGAGUGCUUCGAUCGCCUGAUAUGUUGCGCUUGUGUUUGUGUGUAGGUGCGUAUUGCGUUGUCGUAACGUAUUAUAUUAUUUUCACUAUUUAUUAUUGACUGUAUCUACGGUUUUUGUUAAUCGGUAAUCGCGUGGACGAUGCUCGAUAGCCAUUGUAAUGUUGUAAUUGUUGGACAUCCACUGUUCACUUUUCGUUAUUGUAUCGCUUAACUAGUAACUCAUCUAGAAUGAUAUCAAUUUAGUAAAUCGGUGUUUUUUACAAUAGACCUUAUAACCUUAUAUUUGUUUUUAUAAGACUCGUCCUGAACACAACAAUAAUCUUUAGAUGCCUUAAAAUUGUACAUUUGUACGUCAUUCAUUAUACAUACUUCAAUAACUAUAAUAAUUUGAAACGACUGGUGUUUAGUGGUUUAGACCAUGUCGUGACAUCCUGUGCCCACGAAAACCUCGGUUAUAUGCAUACUGGUAUAUAUAUUCUGCGAAUUGCGAUACAUGCAACCCAUAAGUUCGUGUUGAUAUCAUUGUAGAUGAUUAACUUAUCGUCAGUGUUAGCGUCUUAGUGUAAACUACGAUAGGUGCCUAUAGUGAUAAUGUAUUUUUUUUAAACAUAGUUGACGGACUUAUCAACAAUUCCUAUUUAUAUAUACAUAUAUAUAUUUAAUUUUUAUUAGAAAAAAUUAUGUUUAUAGAUAAUAUUUGUAUUGAGUAAUCUUCCCCAAGCCUGUCAAACACGUAGUAUGUAAUUUUUUACCCAAAUAACGCGAUAUUCAUAAAUAGCACAGUCCACAGAUCUAUGAGAGGGGUCAUAUUGUAUGAGGCUUAAAGCACGUUAUGGUUAUUAGGCCCAAAGAAUUAAAUUGUUUUGUAUUUUAUAUUUAAAUGAAACGUUUUCAUUUUUUCGACAGAUAUUUCACUGUUCAUUUGAUUAAUACAUUAUGAUUAUUUUUUUUGUUACGAUAUUAGAAAUCGUGAUCACAUGAAUAUUUUAUUUCAAAUCAGAUAAUAAUUCAAAUAUUCAAUGCAAAAUCAAAGUUAUUAUUGUAGAAUUUUCAGAAUAUUGUGUUGUAUUAUACUAUUUUAGACAUUCCAGUGUUUCCAAGUUUUGUUAAUGUUAUUAUUUUAUAUUUUAAAUUAUUUAUGUGUAAAUAAAUAUCAUAACAUGCGUAGGUACCUUCUAUAAGAAUAUAUAUUUAAAAUUUUUUUUCAAAGCUUAUACCUAGGUAGUAAAUAUUAUUUCAAAUCAAGUUAUAUUCACGAUUGAAGUUAAAUUUGAUAAAACUUACCCAAACCGUUGUAAAUUAUAAAUUUUAAUAGACACUGUUUUUCAAUGUUCAAUAUUAAAUGUAUAUUUAUAUUUUUAUUAUGUUAUCAAUUUUUUAAUGUCCACUUAACUAAAAACAAAUAAUAAAAUAUAAAAUAAUACUGUUUGUUAAUUUUUAGACAAAAAAAAAAAAUGAUUUGUGUUCAAUACGUUAUAAGCUCAUAACUUAUGAGUCAUAAGUAUAGUAAGUUAUGCGUGUAUUGUUCAUUUUGAGAUAAUAAUAUUAUGUACCUAUAUUGUAUUGUUGAUUACGUAUUUAAUACUUUUCCACUGUUCAAUUUUAGUGUAGUAUAAUAUUAUACAUGUUAAAAUUGUUUGUUUGUAUAUUUAUUUAAAGUAAAGUUAUAUUAUUUUAUGUGUUA